GACAAGCGCUCAACAAGUGCCGCGGAGCGCGCGUGAGUGAGUAGGUGUUAGUUCCGGACUUAUAAGAGACUGCAUUCGGAUAUCCCGGCGUCUUUUAUUACCUCGCUCUUCCACGGAUUCGGUUCAGCACAAAUCUCCGGCGGUCAUCCUCAUCACCGAAACACACAGAAAAUGUCUACAUUAUACAAUGUGACCGUUGUGAUGGCUGCAUUCUUGUUGCUGGUCGUCGGCAACUGCGAAUGCAGGAUAAACAAUCUGCCAACGCAGUGUCUCCCAGGAUUGUUGGAAGAUGCCCCGCCCAAAGUACGGGAAGCUUGUUUCACUUUGUCGACCAUCCGCACACUGUCCAACGCUAUCGAAACAUACAUACAGGACAAACAAUAUCCGGUGUCCAUGCCCUACGCCAGAAUGGCCGACGGUCUGACCGACACUGCAAUGCAAAACGAUAAACGUCAGGACUUGGAUCACGUUUUCCUCAGAUUCGGCCGCAGACGACGUUGAAUAAUCGAAUAAAAUUUAAAAAAAACAAACAAACACUUAAGAUAACUUCCUUCUUUUUCUCUUAGAUCCUCGAUAAACUCUUUAACGCAUAUUUGUGUAACCUCGCGCAUUUUUCACAUGUUAUACUACAUACCUAAAUAUUAUAAUUAUUACAUAAUACAAUUAAAAAAAAAAAACAUUUAAAAAGUAAAAUUUAGGUACCAUCUCGACAUUCAUCUAAGCAUUUAUUUUAGGGUCCCAUCUUUAUUAUUUACGAAUAAUAAUAUUAUGACGGAUUCCAUCGCGUCGUACAAUAGUACAAUUACUUAUCGUUAGAAAAACCAUUAUUUUUACUAUAACACAUAACGUAGAGACUUUUAUUUAUUUAUUAAUUUAUUUCUUAGUAUUAUUAUUAUUACCUAUUAUUAUUUGUUUAUAUACUUGUAUCGUCAGUAGGACUGAAUGUCUGCUCAUAUGUACUUAAAACAUUACAAACUAGUCUGCUGUAUUUUUUAAUUAUUAGUUUUAUUAGUUUAAGUUAAAUGUUAUAUUAUGUUAUGUCGGUAUAUAAUUAUUAAUUAAUAAACACCUACAUUUAAUUUGGUACACGAUAAUAAAGCGAGCGAUACUGUUAAACCCGUUAUUACUAUACAACUACUAUUAUUAUUAUUAUAUAUAAAAUAGAAAUAAUACAAACAAAUUACUUAAGAAAGACUAUAAUAAUAUAUAUAUA